AUGGUAAAAAUUAUAUAGUCCAGAAGAUAUGAUUCAAAAACAACUACCUUUACUCCAGAAGGCCGUCUCAUGCAAGUAGAAUAUGCUAUGGAAGCUAUCAACAAUGCAGGGUCAACAGUUGGCGUUUUAUGCUCUGAAGGAAUCGUAAUCGGAGCUGAAAGAAAGCAAACUUCAAAGCUUCUGGAGAGAUCAAAGCACAGUGAAAAAAUGUAUCAGAUCGACGAGCAUGUUGUGUGCGCAGCAGCUGGACUGACAGCAGAUGCCAAUAUCCUCAUAAAUCAUGCCAGAAUUAUCAGCCAGCAAUAUCAAUAUACCUAUCACGAGCUUAUGCCUGUUGAACAGCUUGUCAGAUUUAUUUACUUACUCCCCCCCCCCCUCCGUGAGUGAACAAAAAAAUUUUGUUCACUCACGGAACGGAGGGGGGUUAAUUUGUUUUUUUAAAAAAAAUUUAUAAAAAAAUAUUUUUUUUUUCUAAAUUUAAAAAAAUCCUAAUUCGCAAAAAUUGGAAGGCAAAUAUUAAUUUAAUUUAUAAAAUUUAUGUUUUAAAGAGCAAUUCGUUUAAAAUUAAAUAGAAUUAGCUCUAGAUUUUAUUAUACUAAUUAUCAUUUAUAUAUCAAAAAUUUUUUCCAUAAAAAAUUUUUGUAUUAUAAAAAAAUUUUGUUCACUCACGGAGGGUGGGUUUUUGGGCAAAAAAUGGUGAUUUUUCUAAUGGUUUUGUUCACUCACUCACGGAGGGGGGGGGAGUUAGCUUAAUGCAUGCUUAAGAUCCAAUAAUGCAUCGCCUCCCCAGGCCCUAUGUCUUUCCUUCGAAAAUCCUAUUAGUGAACAAAAUUAUUCGCUAAUUGAGAAGGGGUAUUCAAUUUUUUAUCAAAAUUUUAUAUUAAAAUUGUGCAUAAUUAUUCGGUUAAAUUAAGAUAUAAAUAUUUGAAAUGAAAAAUCCAAUUUAAUUUAUAAAAUUUAUGUUUGAAAAAAUACUAGCUGCUUAAAUUUAAUAAAAUAACUAAAGCUCUUUUAUUGCAAUUAUUAAUUAUAUAUUUGCUAAAAUUUUUUUAUAUUAAAAAAAUGUUUUGCUCACUAAGUAAUGGAGGUUAAUUUUCCUAAAAAAGGGAUAUUUAUAAUAGUUUUGUUCGCUAAUAAAUAGGAAUAAAGUCAGUAGUCCUACACUGCAUAUCGAAGGCUUUUGCUUUCCUGUCAUAGCUGGGAUAAUUUGCUAUGUGAAGCCAAACCUUAUUAUCGAAGUUAGCCAAAAGAAGAUUUUCAGUUCGAAAGAACAGAAAAAUCGGAUGACGCCAUAUUUGAUUAUUAGCAGCAUGUCAGACAACUUUGCAACUCAAAACAAGGUUACACACAGCAUGGUGGACUCAGACCUUUUGGAGUUUCAUUCUUAUAUGCAGGUUGGGAUCCGAUUUACGGCUUUCAAUUAUAUUGUUCUGAUCCCAGCGGAAAUUACUUACACUCCAUAUGGCUAGUGGAGGAAAUCAGCUUGAGCAAUAGUUUUUUGUUUACCAAGGGGCAGCUAGGAUGGAAAGCAAUUGCAAUUGGAGCAAAUAACCAAUCAGCUUCUGGGAUAUUAAAACAAGAUUAUGAAGAAAAUUUUACACUAAGACAGUCUCUUGGGUUGGUGGCUAAGGUAAUUACGAAGUCAAUGGACACUACAUCACCGACACCAGACAAACUUGAAAUUAUUGUAUUGUCAAGGCAAAAUAAUAAGGUGGUUUAUAAAACACUUAGAGACGAAGAAGUGCAAGAAAUUCUAACUGAAUUCAAAAUCGUAACCUAA